UCCCGCCCACAGCGCGGCGGUCCGGUUUCCGGCGGGAGCCUGGACCACCAGGCGGAAGGGAAGCUGUUGCCGGUGAUUCCUGAGCUGCCCUUUGCGGUGGUACCCGCCAAAAUGCCUCACUUGGAGAAUAUGGUCCUUUGUCGCGAGUCCCAAGUCUCCACCUUGCAGUCCCUGUUUGGAGAGAGACAUCAUUUCAGCUUUCCAUCCAUUUUUAUUUAUGGACAUACUGCCAGUGGAAAGACCUAUGUAAUGCAAACUUUGUUGAAAACAUUAGAGCUCCCACAUGUCUUUGUGAAUUGUGUCGAAUGCUUUACCUUGAGGCUACUUUUGGAAAAGAUUUUAAACAAGUUGAGUCAUCUUACUUCGUCAGAGGAGGGAUGUUCUACUGAAAUAACCUGUGAAACAUUUAAUGACUUUGUUCGCUUGUUUAAACAAGUAACCAAAGCUGAAAGUCUCAAGGAUCAAACUGUAUACAUUGUUCUAGAUAAAGCAGAAUAUCUAAGAGAUAUGGAAGCAAAUCUUUUGCCAGGAUUUCUUAGGUUACAAGAAUUGACGGACAGAAAUGUGACUGUUAUCUUUCUCAGUGAAAUUAUUUGGGAAAAGUUUCGUCCAGAUACUGGGUGCUUUGAGCCAUUUGUCUUGUAUUUCCCUGAUUAUAGCAUAGGGCACCUUCAGAAGAUCUUAUCUCAUGAUCGUCCUCCAGAAUAUUCACCUGAUUUUUAUGCUGCCUACAUUAAUAUUCUUCUUGGAGUUUUCUAUACUGUUUGUCGGGAUUUGAAAGAGCUUAGACAUUUGGCAGUACUUAAUUUUCCUAAAUAUUGUGAACCUGUGGUUAAAGGAGAAGCAAAUGAACGUGAUACUCGCAAACUGUGGAGAAAUAUUGAACCUCAUUUGAAGAAAGCCAUGCAGACUGUUUAUCUCAGGGAAGUCUCAAGUUCCCAGUGGGAGAAGCUACAGAAAGAUGAUUCAGAUUCUGGACAACUAAAAGGUCUUUCAGCAUAUACUCAUGUGGAACUCCCAUAUUACUCUAAGUUUAUUCUAAUUGCUGCAUACCUUGCGUCAUACAAUCCAGCAAGAACUGACAAGAGAUUCUUCCUUAAGCAUCAUGGAAAAAUCAAGAAAACCAACUUUCUAAAGAAACAUGAAAAGACAAGCAAUCAUCUACUUGGACCAAAACCAUUUCCAUUAGACAGAUUAUUAGCAAUAUUAUAUAGCAUUGUGGACAGCAGAGUUGCUCCAACAGCAAAUAUCUUUUCCCAGAUAACUUCUCUAGUGACCCUUCAGCUGUUAACCCUGGUUAGCCAUGAUGAUCAGCUUGAAGGACCAAAAUACAAAUGCACAGUUUCGUUAGACUUCAUCAGAGCUGUAGCAAGGCUGAAAAACCAUUCCAGAGUUGUGACAUAAUUUGUGUGGAGUAUACAGCAGUUUUACAAAAUGAAAGAAAUGGAAUACAAUGGAAAAUAUCAGAUGGAAUACAUUGCUUGUAGUAAGUAUUGUUUCAUAAAACUUGUGUUGUUUUGCACGUACAGGUAUGUGUGCUGAGUUAUAAGAUAAAAUGUACUUUUUAUGUGGAUCAGAAUCAAAAUGAGUUUCAAAGCUACUAUUAUAUAGAGUACAGUAUACUCUUAUGCAAGCAAAUCACAAAUUUAAAAAUAUGGAAGCCUCAAAAAUCCUAACUUUGGAAAAGUAUAUUUUAUUAUAAAAAUUUUGCAAAAGGGUUUUCUGGCAAAGAGAGCCCAGGUUUGAGUUGUUUCAACCCAGACUAACCAAGGAUAUUCUCAGAAACCGCACCUAACUAGUAGUUUGAAUCUUUCAGUACCACCAGUGAAAGUGAAUAUAUCUGUGUGGUGUUGUGUUUGAUUUAACAUGUUUACCUUUUCAAAAAGCCCAAACAUGUUAACUCUGCAUAUGUUAAACUUUUAGUAAUUUAGAGUAAACACAGGAGGUCAGUGGAUCCAGGGAUUCAAAAUAAUAGAUAUGAAAAAUGAAUCACUUAACAUUUAUUUUGGAAAAUGCUACUUGGUUUUUCUUAGGGUUACCUCCCUAUUUACAUUUCAUAUACAGCUGUAUCAAAAUGGGGUCCCUUCUAUGAACAGAGAUUAUAAGAAGAUGUAUCAUUCACAAACAAACCAGGGAAUUGAAUUUUGCCACAGUGGUCAACAGAGUGGUUAUUAUAAUUUAUAAUUGAUUUUGCAACUGACAAAAUUCCCAUCGAUGACAUACUUACUUGAGUAUUUUUUCCUUUAUUACAUAGUAUUUGCCAUAGAGCAAAAUUUAGUUUAUCCACUCAAUCUUGAAUCCUACUGAAAUGAAUUUGUCUUAGGAAUACCAAAUUUAAUUUUAAUUAGGAUAUUUUACACUUAGGUCAGGUCCUUGUCAGUUUUUCAGGGUAUAAAUCAAGACCUUGAUAUACUAUGGUUGGCGAUGACCUGGAUAUAAGAAAAUCAAAUAUUUAAAUAAUAGUGUAUUUUAAAUUUAUUUUAAGAUACCUUUUGACAUCCAAAUGUGAAAUUCAAAAACAGGAACAAAAAAAGGAAGCAUCCAGUGAGGAGGAAGUAGAGGUAAGUGAUCCGAAGAAAAAGCAGUGGAACAAAACAUCAUUUGCAAGGGCUAAGCAUGCAAACUCAUAAGGAAAACAUUUUGAAAUAUUUUUGUCAGUAAGUGACACUAAUUCAAAUCCCAAGGCAAUCAGACUUCUCCAAGGGAGCAUCUUAAGAGCUUACACCAACAGAUUGAAGCAUGGCUGUUGCUUUUUGAAUUUUCAUUCCCUGAAAAUUCAUCUUUCAGUCUCUUCCUCACAUUCUCAUUUAUUGGAGCUCUGCAGUCCUCAUUUUUAUUAAUUAGCAAUCAGCUUUCUUCAAAAGGAAAAAAAAAAUCCCUUGCAAAUUUAUUUUUUUUUUUAAAUUUUCUGAUUAAAGAGCACUGGUUCUUGGUAAGAGUAUUGUAAAUUACUUGGCAGCACCCAUCUUUAUUCAUGAACACUCUUUGAAAUUCAUUUUUGCAUGUAUUCAAUGUAACUUUUCUUCAAAGUGAAUAAAGUUACUUAAAAAUGAUAAUAAAGAACCCACAUUUAGUCCUUUGGAACAAUUAAAAUAUUUAAAAGUGAUUAUCCUUGAUAACCUCUUUACUUAGAAAAGCUUAUUGGCUAUCAUCUAAAAGUUACUUUAUAAUUAUAAAAAUAUUAAACACAAUACUAUCAAAAUCCUAGCUAUUUGUUUUGCAGAAAUCAAUAAGUGGUCUUAAAAUUCAUAUGAAAAUACAGGAAACCCAAAGUAACCAAAACAAUCUCAAAAAAGGAAGUUGGAGAAUGCAUACUUCCCAGUUUCAAAACUUAUUACAAAGCUACAAUUGAGAAUCCACAUAUAUACUUGUACAUGUUGUCCAACUGAUUUUGAAAAGGGUACCAAGAAAAUUCAAUUGGGAAAAAUAAUUUCUUCAAAAAAUUGUACUGGGAUAACUGAGUAUUCAUGUGUAAAAGAAUGUAUUUGAACCCCCAUUUCACACCCUAUAAAAAGUUGACCCCAAAUUAUCACAUACUUAAAUGUAAGGGCUAAAACUAUAAAAUUUAUGAGGUUUUUGCCUUGGAUCAGGGAAUCACUUCUUAAAUAUGGCAUAAAAUGAACAAAUACCAAAAGAACAGGUGGAUUAAUUGAAUGUAUCAAAAUUAAAAUUUUUUGUUUUUUUGAUUUGGUUUGCUUUGUUAUUGUUGUUUUCCAGUGCCAGGGAUUGAAUCCAGGUCCUCACACAUCCUAAACAUGUACUCUAUUGCUUAGCCACACCCCAACCCAAGCCCUUUCUAUUUUAUAUAUCAUACUAUCCCACCAGUCAUAUAGCAGGUGUUCAAUUAAUACUGGCCAAAUGAAUGGCUGUUAUUGAGUGCCAGCAAUAUUGAGGUUACUAGGAUGAAUAAGACAUGAUCGUAAUACUUGAGCAACCUGCAAACUCUUGAGGAAAAUAGCCCCAAACAUACUAUUAUAAUAUCACAAAUACAAUGGGAGUGGGGUCCUGGUUAUCAGGAAAUCAUAGAGGAAGGUAGGUUUAGAAAAACUUUCCAGAGCUGCAAUCCAUAGUUUUAUUAGUGUUUUCAGUGACAGCAGGAAUGGCUUGUUUCAUUGAACAAUCUUCUCUAAUAGGGUAAUUGAGAUCCAUAUAACUAAUGUCUACCCUCAUAUGUACAUAUUAAGUAGUUACGAAGAACAAGACAAAACAGAAACAAACCAAAAAGCCCUCCUGGGAAUGGCCUCUCCUCUGCUGACUUAGCUGACAUUAGCUUCUGGUGAAGCUUAGAUCUCUUCUGCAGAAAGUGUUCUCUUAUCAACCCUGCUCAGAUUCAACCUGCACUUAGACACUCUGUUUUACUAAUUUGUAUAACAGACUUGUUGCUCUGCAUUGUUACUUUGUUUUCUGUUGGCUCAUGACCUAGUUAGUUGUUACCAACCACAAUGUCCCUGGUCUCUCCCCUUCUUUCUGUUGACUUGAGGCCCACUGCCAUUUCUUUUUAUGAUACAAGUCCCAUUUCCUCCUGUGAUUCCUCUUGACUUGGAUGACUGAAUAGUUAAGCAAAAAACUUAUGAGACAGAGAUGGGCACAGAUAGGCAGGACUUGGACAACUUGGGUUUGUUCUAAACUCCUGCUGGUCAUCUUUCUUUGCUGGGUUGUUCCCAUGUUUUGUUCUUUCCAUUCCUAAAGCACACUCCAGGAUAGGAUCUGGUACUCACUCACAAGAAGACACAAACAAUUGAUUCUAUUUAAAAUGUCUGCUUCCCUUAGGUUGAUUAUAAUUCAAUAAUCUAGGAGGCUUAAACUAAGGAAUGAAACUCAAAUCAUGGAAUUUUAGAUACUGUCCUGCAUUCUGGAAGAGGAGGUAUUCGAGCCAGCUUGAUCUCUCACCCAUCUCAGCACCCUACUUAACUCAUACCUAAAGCCAGCAGGCUCCCUGGGUGUCACCAGAUCAUAUCUGAUGUUGGCACUGGUUCUUACCUACUUUGUGACUGCUUGAUAUUUAUGUGAAAUGAAGUGGUAAUUUCAUUUCCUGUUCUUUGUACAAGGAUUCCCAAUGCACAGACCCCAUCUAACAGGUUUUCAUCAAUAAUUAGCACUCCAUGGGAAAUCCAACACAGGCGCCUAAAGAGUCCAGAGAACAAACUGUCUCCUAUAGGUGACUUUUUGUGUGUGUUUGUUCAUUUAUUUGUUUGUUGUGGUGCUAGGGAUCAAACCCAGGGCCACUUGUGUGCUAGGCAAGCACUCUACCACUGAGCUACAUCUCCAGCCCCUGAAUGUUUCUUUUAACAAAACGUUGAUCCAUCCUUCAGCAGGGAAGGCUGAGAGGAAGGACAGGAAAGGCUUAACGUACAACUUAUCAACCUCUGCUGGAGAUAAAUUGGGUAAGCCUUGAGAUUCACCAGAAUCCGAUUUUCUAGUCUUCUCAAGAAAGCAGCUUAUAAGUUUAACAUGAAUUUAGCGAUACUCUUGCAAGGGGAACCAGGCAGCAUAAGUGCCUUUCUGAUUUACAGCUGCGAUAGCAUACCCUAUGUGCAUUUCAGAUGAUGGAAUCAUAGUCUGUCAACCUCAGCAGCUCUAGUGUGAACUCUAGAUCAUUUACUGACUCUCCUGGUAAUAAAAACAUCAGGUUAUGAACAUUUCUUUCUUUGGGAACCUAACAGACACUGUAUGUGGCUCUGUCACAGUAUAGGCUGAAAUACUUAUUUCACUGAUCCAUGGUAACUGGGACCACUUAUAUUAACUUAUAUGAGUUAAUUUGGAUUCAGGUAAUAAAUACAAGUACUUAAAGGCAGAAAACUGAAAUCAGAGGUAAAAAAAAUACCAAAUGUCAUGAAUAGUUUCUAUGUAAUUAUAAUUUUAUAUAAUCUUAAAAGUUUCUAUAUAAUUUUUUGUAGUUCCUAUAUAAUAAAUUUCUAGAUAAUUGCUUUUUUAAAGAAACCCACAUCUCAGAAUAGUUAUUUAAUCAUUCUAACAUGGAAACUUCCUGUGUCAGUUUCUUCUAAAUAAUAGUGCUUUUCAUAUAUAUGAUAUUUUAUCCUAUAGGAAGCAACACAGUAUGGUGAUUAUAAAUAGUGACAUUGCUGAUACUGACGUUGAGAACUUAUUCAAGCUCUGUGAACUUGAAGAAGUUUCUAAGGCUUUCUAUGCUUCAGUUUAUUAAAAAACAGUAUCCAACAGAGUAAGGUCUCCACAAGUAUUAGCCCUUAGACCUGUUUUCCUUUUCAUUUUUGAUCAACAGUAAACUUUACCAUAUAGUUUACUUUGCCAUAAACUAUAAUAUACUACACAUAGUAAAGUGCAUCAGUGUGAUCACCAGUGAUAGAAGAAGAGGCAACUCUUCAUGGCACCUAAGGAAUGGUUGAAAAACCAACUUGUGGGGAAGAUGCAGAUGCAUCUGGUGUCCAAGACAUCUGGAAUCAGGACUCAGAUGACCCCAAGACAUGUUCUUUGUUUUCCAUUCCUGUCUCUUUCUGAGAUCAGCCUAAUUUACCUCUCUGCAGACUGGCUCACUAAUGAAGGAUUAACUGCUUCUUUGUCUGUUCCCAAGUUUGAAAUCCUGGAAAGGGAUCCUGACAUAAGGAUUUAUAGGGAACAAUAGAUAGAGGCCAGGAAGGAGGGUUUUAUAAAAAUAUAACUGUCCAAAUGGAUAUUCCAUGAUGGGGGUGGUAAAGGAUGGGAGGGGGAGAAUGAGGGAGGUUGGAUAACCCUAGAAUUGAUGGGAGUGGGAAGUUAAUAUGCACUACAACAGGAAAAAUAUUUAAAAAUAUCUUUAAGAUAUUUUAAAAUAUUAUUGUAACUCAAAUUUCAUAAAAUCACCCUUUUAAUAUACAUAAUUCAGUGGAUUUUAUUAUAUUCACGAGGUUGUACAACCAUCACUGCUAUCUAAAUCUGAAACAUUUUCUUACUCCCCAAAGAAACCCUUUACCAGUUAGUAGUCACUUGCCAUUCUCCCCUCCCUGAGUCCCUAACAAACACUAAUCUAUCUUCUGUUGGUAUGGAUUUGCCUAUUCUGGACGUAUCAUACAAAUGGAAACAUGCAAUGUACAAUUUUUUGUGUUUGCCUUUUCUUAGUAUGAAUUUUUAAGGUUCAUCUAUGUUUUACUAUGGCUUGGGACUUUUUCAGUUUUUAUAGCUUAAUAAUAUUUUAUUUAUCAGAUAUACUACAUUUUGUUUAUUCUUUGAUCAGUUGAUAGAUAUUUGGGUUGAUUUCAUUUUUUACUUACAUGAGUAAUGCUAUUGUGAACAUUCAUAUGUAAAUUUCUAUAUGAACAUAUGUUUUCAACUCAUGAAUAUAUUUCUAGGAAUAAAAUUGCUGGGAUAUAUGUUAACCAUGUUUAACUUUGAGGAACUAUUUUUCCCAAGCAGGUGACAUUUCUACUAGCAAAAUAGAAGGGUGCCAAUUUCACAUCACCAAUACUGGUAAUUGCCGUCUUUUUCAUUAGAGCCAUCCUAAUGUGCACGAAGUGGUAUCUCAUUGUGAUUUUUGACAUGCAUUUUCCUAAUGACUAGUGAAGCUGAGAAUCUUUUCAUGUGUGCAUUGGCCACUUAUAUAUUUUCUUAUAUUGUUCAUGCCCAAUUCUUUUUAGAUAUGUGAUUUGCAAAUAUUUUCUGCCAUUCUGGGAGUUGUAAUUUCACUUUGUUGAUGAUAUCCUUUGAAACAAAAAAAAUUGUUUUGAUAACAA